ACUGUCAUCUCCUGCUGAUCAUUGUCAUCUGUGUAUGGCGGGCUAGAAGUGGACACCAGUGACAUGAGGAAUGCUCAGAAACAAUAGUUGACUUGAGUGUUUGAAUGUGGUCAAGGAGCAGUAAUAUCUGACAGCAGCAAGAGAUCACCAUCCCCUAGAAGCAGCACUAAGACACAUCCAUAUCCUACUGAUCAAGUGACAUGGAGGGGGAGCAGCAAGGCAAGAACUGCCACCAACAUGGCAAUGGAAAUGCGCAAGGAAUGGCUCUUCAUGGGCGGGAUUUGGAUAUCCUCCCUUUGCGCUCGGAUGAAAAGGAAGAAGCCGAAGAUUCGUCUCCUUCGCUGCCACCACCCAUAUUCCUCUAUCCAGGGGCAAGGAAGCAAAAACAGGGCAAAGCGUACACGGGGGUGACCGCGUCCCAGGGGUACAUCCGCACGUCUCCCACCUCAUCCUCUCCCGGAUACCCUGACCCGGCCUCACCUGGAUCUGGAGGGCUUUCACCAACAUCAUCCCUGCCGUUAAUGAUGAUGAUGAUGAACUACCAAAGCAGCGCAAGCAAUGGCGGGAACGAUAAAGUCCAAAAAAACCCCAAUUACCUGAUGGCCAACGAACGGAUGAAUCUUAUGAACAUGGCAAAGUUGAGUAUAAAGGGCUUAAUCGAGUCUGCACUUAAUCUGGGGCGGACACUGGACUCUGACUAUGCACCUCUGCAGCAGUUCUUUGUGGUGAUGGAGCACUGUCUAAAGCAUGGCUUAAAAGCUAAGAAGACCUUUCUUGGGCAGAAUAAGUCCUUCUGGGGCCCUCUGGAACUGGUGGAGAAACUUGUACCUGAAGCCUCAGAAAUCACAGCUAGUGUGAAGGAUCUUCCCGGUCUCAAGACACCUGCAGGUAGAGGGCGGGCCUGGUUACGCUUGGCACUGAUGCAGAAGAAGCUCUCUGAAUAUAUGAAAGCCCUUAUCAACAGGAAAGAUCUCCUAAGUGAGUUCUAUGAGCCAAAUGCCCUAAUGAUGGAAGAGGAAGGUGCCAUCAUUUCAGGCCUUUUGGUUGGACUCAAUGUGAUUGAUGCCAAUUUCUGUAUGAAGGGGGAAGAUUUAGAUUCUCAGGUUGGAGUCAUUGAUUUUUCAAUGUACCUAAAAGAAGGUCCUAUAGCAAAAUGCAGUGAAGGAGAUGGACAAAUAACAGCUAUUCUUGACCAGAAGAAUUAUGUAGAAGAACUAAACAGACAAUUAAGUGCCACUGUUAACAACCUUCAGGCAAAGGUGGAUGCACUAGAAAAAUCCAACACAAAGCUAACAGAAGAGCUUGCAGUGGCAAACAACAGAAUCAUUACCAUGCAGGAGGAGAUGGAGAGAAUGAAAGAGGACAGUCCAUACUUCUCCAAGGUUAAUAAACAAGAGAGGACUGCAGAUGGGCAGAUGCUAAGUGAGGUCAGGAAACACUUAAAAGAAGAAACUCAGCUAAGAUUGGAUAUAGAAAAAGAACUAGAAGUGCAGAUAGGAAUGAGACAAGAGAUGGAGAUGGCCAUGAAGAUGCUGGAUAAGGAUGUUUGUGAGAAGCAAGAUGCACUAGCAGCUCUCAGACAGCAACUUGACGACCUCAGGGCCUUAAAGCAUGAACUCUCCUUUAAACUGCAGGGUUCAGAUCUGGCAGUGAAACAGAAGAACGAGUUAAACAGCCGCUUAGAAGAGAAGACCAAUCAGAUGGCUGCCACCAUUAAACAGCUGGAGCAGAGUGAAAAGAAUUUGGUGAAGCAGGCAAAAACCUUAAGUAGCACAGCGGGUAAACUACUACAGAAGCAGCACUAGGUGCCUAAUAAGCGGCCACUGACCAACACUAACAGAGCAACUUGCGAGUAGGAGGAAACCUGCCCAGUUACUAGCUACUACAUAGAUGUUAAAUGUUGCCUACCGUUCUUUUGGAAACUGCUGCAUUUUGAAGCCAUGACUCCUUUGUUCUGUUAUCCUUUUUUCUCCUACCCUCUCACUAUAGAUGGAAUCUUUGUUAGAACCCUCAAAUAUUUGCCAAAUAAACUUUUUAAAA